ACCAUCCCUGUAAUAUUGUAUUUUUGAUUUGGAUAUAAAAACAAAAAGUGUUUUGUAUUUGUUUACCGCAACAAAUUGAUAAAAACCAUAUUUCUAAAAUAUGUAUAAUAGCUAAUCUGUCAUAUCAAGGAAACUAUUCUUACAUCGUAUCACCAUUAAUCUUCAUUCCAUUUUGGUGCUCUCUAAACGAAGUUCGCCCACGAAACGAUGGUUAAACAUUGGAUGAAGUGGUGUCGGCUUUGUGCCCGGGAAGAUUCAAGCAAUACUCACGUAAAUAUAUUUCAUGAAGAUGAAAAAGGACUAGCCCUAUCAGAUACACUAAACAAAUGCUUUUCAAUAGAUAUAAAUAAUUUCAAUGAUUGGCCUCACAUGGUCUGUGUUGAGUGCUAUUGCCUAGCCAAAUCAAUUAUUAAUAUGUCUCAUCGAGCAUCUAAAGUCCAUGCUAUGUUUUUUGAGCUAUUAGAUGGUAACGAUGAUUUAGACGCUGAUGAAAUCAAAGAACGUUAUGGCCUACAUAGAAAUUGUGAUAUUAAAUUUGAUCUAAAGCCACAGUUUGUGGAUAUUACCACAAUUGUUGAUGAGCCAGAAAUGCCAAUAGAAAUGGUGAAUGUUGAUAAACUGCAAAACAUCGAUGGUGACAUGUUGAAUAUCACAGUUAUUAAGACCGAAGAAACAGAUGAAGAUUAUGUACUGGGUCAAUCUGAUCGAAUACCUACACCACACGAUGGGAGUGAAGCUCCAUUAAAGAAUAUUUCGCAUGAUGAAAAACCACAAAAUACUAAAAGGAAUAAUCGUAAAAAGGAUCCAAGUACAAAACCAGCAGAGGAUUCAGAUAAAGAGGAAUCAGCAGAAAAGUCGACUAUGUCAGUGAAAAAGAGAAGAAUUCAAACCGAGCCCUAUCAAUGUGAAAAAUGCCCGAGGAGUUUUUUACGAGUUCAAUUCCAUCGUCGUCAUAUGGAGAAGUUUCAUGGAAUUAUAUUGGAGGAACCAAAAGAACCAUUGGAAUUUGUGUGUGAUGAAUGUGGUAAGAAAUGCAAGAGUGAUUGGAAACUAAAGUACCAUCAGUUGACGCACAGUAGUGAGAGACCCCUAAAAUGCUCCCAUUGUGACAAGCGAUUCAAAAACAGACAGAGGCUCAAGGUCCAUGAGGAUACGCACAAUGAAACUAAUUAUAUUUGCGCUAUAUGCGGCUUAAAACUAAAUACUCGCAAAACACUGGAUAUGCACAUGGUUGUUCAUUCGGAUCAAAAACAACAUAAAUGCGAUUUUUGUGGCAACGAGUACAAACGUGCCAAAGCCUUGAAAACACAUCUUAUCCUGCAUACGGGCCUGAAACCUUAUACGUGUGAUUUUUGUGAUCGAACUUUUGCGAAUGGAGCAAAUUGUCGUACUCACAAAAAGAAAACACAUCCCGUCGAGUUGGCUGCUCUGGAAGCAGCUGGAAAGAAUACUGUAGCGGCUGGAAUACCAAAAUUAGAAGAUCUCAGAGCGAAAACUGCUUCUAAAUUAAAAAAUGUUCAACCGAAUGUAGGUAGUGAAGUGGAUAAAAGUGAAGAUAGUCGUGGUGAAAGUGAAACAUGUAAUAAGGAACUAUUGAAGGAAUUUAAAUCGCUCAUUAAAAGCGAAAGAACACAAAAUCAAUCAUUAGAAUCCUAUGAAGGUGUAUUUUAGGUAUUCUUAAUGAAAUUAGUGUUACAAGAAAAAUAAACAAAAUUGUAUUUUACAACAAAUUUAAAUAAACAAUGUAAAAGAUUCAUCAAUCACUAGAAAUUAGAAUCAA